AAAAAUGGUGGGCAAUUUGAGGUCAAAUAUCUAACUGCUUACAAAUCACAAUAUCUAAUUAUAAUUAAGGAUCUGCUUAUGAAUCAUGAUCAACAUAUAGAAAAUUAGAUAGCAGCUUUAGAACUACAAAGAAUUAUGAGAUGACAACAAUGUAGAAUCAAGGAACGAAGGAACAAUGAGAUAUGGAUGCGAAACUGAGUGCGUUUAUCGCUGAAACUGGUGCAGAUCCUGGACUCGCUAGAGAUUUACUUGAAGGAAAACAAUGGAAUAUACAGGAGGCAUUGAGAGCCUAUGGGUCAAUAAAAAAGACAACCCUUUCACCAGCUAGUUAUGCCAAUCUUCGUACAACCCAGAAUGCACCUGGAAGCCAACAGACUGUUCCAGGUCAGAGGUCAACUGUUCAAGGUCAAAGGUCACCUGGACUACCAAGAACUCAAUAUACAGGGGCUCACUCUAAAACUCCCACUGGUGCCCCUUCUAGGAUAAACCACAGUUACAACACUGUAAGUUCCACAAAUGGUGCUACUACAAAAUAUGUGGAAGGAGUAGUUGUAAGACAUCCAAUACCAACAAAACUAGCUUCAAAUCAAGGUGCCUCAGUAACUAACACAGGAAUACCCAGAGGAGCCCCCAGUGCUGGUGGAGGACCUCCUAAGACUGAAGGAGGGGAAGAGGCUUCAAAUGGUGGAGGAGGAGUUAUCCCAGGUUCCCCCUCUAGACCCAGUCUGCAACGCAACUCAGCAGUAGACGAUGACGAAUAUAGAGAUAAAAAACUAAAGAGAGGACUUUCUAAAGCAUUGGAGAACCAACAGAUUAUAAGCAAUGCACGUAGACAGGUUCUCGGUGAUAUCAAGGAGUCUUCAAAUGAUCAUGUGCAGUACUUUAUGGAGACUCCUGAAUACACUUUUGUGCUUCCUGAUCUGACGGUGCAUUCUGAAGAUUUCCGAGCGUUCCUAGAGAAGGACCUCAUCGAGACAUGUACUCUUGUGUCCUUGGAACAGUCAGGUCGCCUGAACUGGUGGGCUGAAGCAGGUGCCUGUCAACGUUUGUUGCCCCUGGCAACUACAGGUGACGGCAACUGCUUGUUACAUGCAGCUUCCCUAGGAAUGUGGGGUUUCCAUGAUCGUUUGCUUACAUUGCGAAAGACUCUGCUUGUGACGAUGACUAAUAGCGAUACAAAAAGUGCCUUUAGACGCCGGUGGAGAUGGCAUACUGAGCAGUCAAAUAAACAGUCAGAACUGGUUCUGUCCGAGGAAGAGUGGGACACUGAGUGGCAGAGUCUGUUGAACCUUGCAUCUACCAGCCCCAAGACACAUACAGGCAAAAGAGGGAGCUGUUGUGACAGCCCAGCAACUCACGGUGCAAUGCAGAGAUCAGAUGAGGAGGUUUACUAUUAUGAGAGUCUAGAGGAGUUCCAUGUGUUUGUCCUUGCACACGUCUUGAGACGUCCCACAAUUGUUGUAGCAGAUACUGUGUUGAAAGACUCCAGAGGGGAGGACCUGGCCCCAAUACCAUUUGGUGGAAUUUACCUUCCUCUGGAAUGUGACCCUAAGGAUUGCCAUAGAUCACCACUGGUCCUGACAUAUGAUGCUUCCCACUUCUCUGCCCUGGUUCCAAUGGAAGCAGAUAUUAACACAGAUGAGGCACAGAAACUACCAGUGGCCAUUCCUCUCAUAGAUCCAGAGUUCAGGAUCCUACCCAUUCACUAUGCAGUUGACCCCGGGGCAGAUGUCCAAUGGGGUAAAGAUGAUAAUGACAUCGGGAAAACACGAAAGCUCAGCCUCAAUGAAGAGAGCAAACUAACUCUAUUGAGUAAAUACCUAGAUGUUGUUCAGGAGCCAUUUGCUAUAAUGCCACAACUGAAAACUGUCGGAAGUAAAGAUGGGCUCCAGAUUAUUCAGAAUGAUUUACUUAGCAUGGGAAGUCAGGACUCUGAUGAAAGUGCUAGUACUAGCAGUGGGGAGAGCAAUGGGAGGGACAAAGAGAAAUCUAAGGUUACAAAACAAAUGAACAGUGUAGCUAAACACUUUGGUAGCAUUGGAAAAAAUAUGGGCAAAAAACUGAAGAAGAAUUUCGGGAAUAUCGGCAAGGCUAUGAAACAAAUGAAUGUUGAAGGUAAUUCUGGUGGAAAGUUUACACGUAAAUCAUCAUUUGGAUCUGGUGUAACCCAAAGUACGAAAAACACAAUAACAUUAGAGAUGCUAAAUCAGAAAGAUUCAAUCCUCUGUGCUAAACUGUCCUGCAAACGAACAGCCUUCCAUGAGGAAAUGAUUAAAAAUUACAUGCAGUCUGCCAAUGAGAGGUUCGAAAUUGAACGAGAAAUGCGUCUGAAACGUGCGGAGGAAAUUCGCCAGAAAGCAAUAGAUAGAAAUUCUACAGAAGUAAGCAAUAACCAGUUACCGACAAAGUGUAUGAACAGUGGUUGUGAGUUAUAUGGUACAGCAGCAACUAGUUACCUGUGUACAGGAUGCUAUGCUAAACAGAAAGAAGAGGCCAUCAACAUAGAACGUGGCCCUGAGCAAUUCAGUUAUAUGCCUAAACAACAUAAUGAUCCAAAACUUCGCAAAAACUUAGAUGAUGGUGUUGUCAUAGCAUCUGGAAAAUCAAAAUUUUACACACCAGCUAACCAACCUGAUCCUCCUCCAUAUAGGUCAAACAAUGCCCAGCCUCAGAGGCAGGCUUUAAUCUCCCCUGACCCGGAUUAUGAACCAUCGUAUAGACACCCAAAUCAAAGGGCCUUUACUGAAAAUAGAACAUCUGAACCAGGAUAUCAAACAAGGAAGAUUGUUCCUUCUGAAGAUCGGUAUUCCUACGAUGACUUGAGAAGUGAGGCGUCACGUCCUCCUAGACCCCCUGUACAGCAGGGAACUCACAGGCCAAAUAACACAUUUAAUCCUCCUCCCCAAUAUAGACAACCACACAACUCCAAUGUUGAAACUUAUGACAAUGUUCCAGAAACAUAUGACAACUUAAGCACACUGAAUAGCAAUGUGAAGCGAGGCUCACCUACGGGACAACGAGCGUUCAAAAUCCAAGAGCUCAAUACAGGAUAUAAUAAAUUUGAUAAUGAGAUGAAUAAGGCUCUAAAGGAUCAGUCCAAGGUGUCAAUUGCUGUAUCUGGUGAUAGCAACCCAACUAAUAAAGAUUAUCGAGAUGUGAAUAGGUAUCGAGAAAAGCGUGUGUGUAGCACGAAAGGUUGUGAUUUGUUCGGGUCAGAGGAAUUGGAUUAUCUUUGUCCUAAUUGUUACCAAGAGAGAAAGAGGGGGAUAGCUUAUAGAGGACGCAAAACAACAAAUUUGUAGCACAUGACCUACUCUUAUUUACUCAGUUCUUGUAAGCCAACAAUUAAACAUGGGCUAUCACCCUUGUUUGGUCUCAUACAAGAACCUCAUGCAUGGCUGUUUUCCAUUUGUCUUAAAAUUAUCACAUACAUAUUCAUAUCUCUAGAUAAGUAUGUUCUCUUAUGAUACCCGAUAUUUCAAUUUCUCUCAUUU